UAAUCUCGGAACCCAGAACCAAAUGUUGCAUACUCUAUUAUUUCAGCUGACCUACUUCACUGUCCCAGACCAUUCUCUAAGUAUAUUUUAUUUAUUUAACCUUUAUUUAACUAUGGGAACCCCAAUUACGGCCGGAUGUGAUACAGCCUGGAUUCAAACCAGGAACUGUAGGGAACUGAAGCUUCUUUCAUUGAGAUCCAGUGCCUUAGACCACUGCGACACUCUGGACCCCUACUGCUAUGUUUACAUAUUGACCCCAGCAUGCUUUGCAUGUGUGGAGGAAUAACGCAAAACCAAGUAUCUCUUGCAUCCAUUUAACAAAUUCUUCUUUGUAGUUCCAUUUUGUUUGCAUGUGGGAGCCAUGUUGAUUCAGUAGAUAAGUUCCCAAAUGGGAGUGAGAUAGUCAUCUUAUCAAAUACCAGAAACUACCAUCUGUAAUCGAGUGGUCGUUGAUUUCAAAAGAACCUUUGUGGUACACCUGUGGUUUAUGCAAGAACCACAGGUGGCCGUGGCACCUUUAAUUGAGGAGGACGGGCUCAUAGUAAUGACUGGAAUGGAAUAUCUGGAAUGGUGUCAAACGGCAAACAUAUGGUUUCUUUGUGUUUGAUACCAUUCCCUCUAUUACAGCUUUUAUUAUGAGCCAUCCUCCCCUCAGCAGCCUCCUGUGGCAAGAACUCUAUUAGUUGUUUUGGCUCCAAAUCACAUUUUAUACGUCACAUACAGAUUACUGCAGGUAUAAAGGUGUUGUGAAAUGCUUGUGGGAGCUCCCUCAGCAGUUCAGGACAUUAUCAGUUAAUGACGACAAAAACAGUCAAGUUAUAAAUAAGUCAUAGAAGUAAGAGGUAGUAUUCAUGGUAAUAAUGGACUAUUGGUAUUUACAAAUAUAAAGUGGGUAGUGUCUUGGUCACGCAGUGGAAUAACGUUAAAUUGUAUUCUGUUGGACUUCUUGAGAACCCGAGAGCCCAUGCUUCAUUUCUUCAGUCGCCUGAGGUCUUAGGGGCGCUGUUACCUUCAACACCGCGGUGGUGGUGUGACUGGACCAUACCCGGUCAUCUGUGACGUGCACACCAAGGAACUUGAAGCCUUUGAACCUCUCCACUGCAGCCCUUCACCCCGUUUCCUGUAGUCCACCAUCAACUCCUUGGUUUUACUGUCAUUGAGACCGAGGCUGUUUUCCUCGCACCUCUCUGCCAGGACUCUUGACCACCUCCCUGUAGGCUGUUACGUCUGUGUCCGUGUGUCCAUAUUCAAAUGAGAGCCAGACGUUGCCUGCACAGGUGUUAAGAUCAAAUGCUGUGUCCGCAGUUGGUUUGUUCUCACUCCUUUUGAAUAUCUAAAACGGUAACCAGAACAAAGAAGUCUGAAUCGUUCCAGUCGAAGGAUGGGCAGGAUUCAACACCUGAUAUUAUGGGCUGUGUUGGUGGUGUGUUGUGUAGCUGAGAGACAGUACUUCUUCCAGUCCAACUCCUCCACUUGGGAACAGGCCAGGCUACACUGCCAGGUGUGCUACAAGGAGAUGGUGAGCCUGACCCCUGAAAACAUCCAGCAACUUGCCCAGAACCUGACCUCUUCUUACUGGAUCGGCCUCCGCAAAACCAUGAACAACGGCUCCUUCCCCUGGUCCCGCUGGUCCAAUGGAAACCCCCUCGCCUUCCAGAACUGGUACCCCGGUCGCCCCAUACUCUCCAAGCCCAAGAAUCCUGUGAACAUCUUUAACAACUACUAUUCCACCCCCCCCAAUUACUGUGGGUGUUGCUGCACCAAUAACAGCAACUCUACCAGUGUUCCCCCAGUAACUACUGUUAAUAGUAGCUACCAUGGUACGGACUUCACAGAAAAGGUAAACAUGACUGCAUCGUCAACGAAGACACCAGCCGUGACAAAGAUGACGUCUGUCAUGACGGGAUCAACGUUCUUUCCUGGAGUUACUGGUGGCAUCAAUGGCACCAAUAUGACUAGUGGGAACAAUGGGACGAAUGAAACUGAGACAGACGUGUACAUUGAGGAGCCUUGCAUAGCCAUGCUCAGUUUUGGACUUUGGUUCGAUAAAAUCUGCUCAGAGCUUCUUCCUUAUAUCUGCUAUGAAGACCGUUUCUACGGUAAUGCCACCAUGACCAACAAGAAACUACACAGCGCGACUCUGAGCUGGACCCGUGGGCCUGGUGACAUCAGCGGAUACAGGAUGGAGGUCAAGUCCACUGACUACAACCUGACCCUAAACCACAGCAGUCUGAACCAGACCUAUGACCUUUCUAGCCUCACCGCCGGAACCCAGUACAGAGUCCAGGUGUUCCCCAUUAAGUGUGGAAGAGACCUCAAUCCACAGAACGUCUCCUUCUACACCAAGCCUGGCGUGAUCCAAAAACUCAAUGUCGCCAAUGUCUCAGAAACAAGCAUCUUUCUGACCUGGUUCGCUCCUGAGGGCAACCGUGACUUGUACACCAUUCAGGUGAGGGGUGAACCCGACCUGAAAAUGACCACACGCACAGAGAGCGCCCUGGUCAAAGGCCUGAUACCAGGAGGGUUGUACAUGUUUGAGGUCAAUGCCGAGGUGGAGGACAAGUCCAUUGAGGGAGAUCGGCUGGAUAUCCCCUCCUACACCAAACCAGGAAUGGUGUCAAACUUAAAGCCGGGUGCUCUUACUAAUAACAGUGUCGAAUUCCAAUGGGAACGGCCGACAGGUAACACCUCUGGGUACAGAGCGCACGCCUGGAGAGAAGAAAACGGAACGGUUGUCAUAUUCUGGAAGAAUCUGAAAAACACGACUCUGACGGUGGGGAACCAGUUGCCAGGUGCCAAGAUCUGGCUGAGCGUUGUGGCACUGGUGCCCGAUGGAUCGGUUGAGGGAGAACCCAGCCAAGCGAUUGGCCGCACCACUCCAGGUGAAGUUGCAAACUUACUGCUGGACAUUACUGAGGACACCAUCACAGUGUACUGGACACCUCCUCAGGGAAACUACGAGACAUUCAGUGUUCAGCUCAAGCUAAACUCUUCUAACGAGGAAGUGGAAACAGAGAAUACAACUAAAAGUCAACUCUCAUUCACAAACCUAAAGGCAGGAGCUGAAUAUUUAGUGACAGUCACCACUCUGAAUGGGUAUCUCAAGAGUUACCCAAUUUCCACUGCGAAUUUCACUCUUCCUCUCCCACCGCAAUCAGCCCAAAUCGAUUUCUUCAAUAAGAGUCAUGUCACCCUGUCAUGGAAAGCCCCCGUGGCAUCCCAAGGUGUACAAAUAAUGUACCUGGUGAAAUACAUAACUGAAUUCUGGAAUGAUACGCAGACGUACAAGACGCACACAACCAACUACACAUUUCAUGAGUUGCAUGCUGGGACCAAUUACACCUUCGAAGUACGAGUGAAGGCGGGAACCCAGGAAAGCCAGCCCGUCCAAACAUCACAGACCACAAGUGCUACGGUGAGAGUUCGAACUAUGACUAUGGCGUGUUCCUCCAGCGAACCUUCCAUCUGUGAGGAUAGUGGCACACGGACAGAGGUCCUGCAAAAUUUGAUUAGCCAUUUCCGCAAGUGGUUCAGCAAGAUGGAAAAUGAAACUUUGGUUGAUAAGGUGUUCUGGGAACUGGAGUGGCGAGGGGCAUAAUUACACACACAUACCACAUACCAUCUAUUCAAUAUAAUUUGUUAGUCAAGAUUAAGAUGAAUUGUAUUUUGAUAAUAAAAAAUUAAAAAUAGAUAAAUGAAGAGUUGGAUGUGUGCCAAGAAUGUAUGUGUUUUGAAUUUCUUGUCUAUCCUUGUUUUCAGGAAGUGAUGUAUGUUUUACAAAUGCAUUUUAGUAAGGUAUUUUCUCUGACCAAAUGACUGAAUAAAAGGCUGACUGUC